AUGGUUCUCCCGAGAAGAGCUUCCCCUGGUGGUCAAUGAGUCAAGCCCUAACUCUCGAGAGGAGUGAGACCUGAAACCCGUUCCCUGAGGCCCACCAGAGCAACCUUCCCAGCUUGCUGGGCUGCAGCCAUCCCUCGGCCCCUCCGUCUGGGCCUCUGUGGACAGGGGGGGCCAGGAGAGCAGGCCAGCCGGGCUAUGGUUUGGUGCCUCAGUCUGGCCAUCUUCAGCCUGGUCAUCAGCCAGGGGGCUGACGGUCGAGGGAAACCUGAGGUGGUGUCAGUGGUGGGCCGGGCUGGGGAGAGCACCGUGCUAGGCUGUGACCUGCCCACGGCUGGCCGGCCCCCGCUGCAUGUCGUCGAGUGGCUGCGCUUUGGAUUCCUGCUGCCCAUCUUCAUCCAGUUUGGUCUCUACUCCCCCCGCAUCAACCCUGAUUACGUGGGGCGUGUCCGGCUGCAAAAGGGGGCAUCUCUCCAAAUCGAGGGCCUCCGGGCCGAAGACCAGGGCUGGUACGAGUGCCGAGUGCUCUUCCUGGACCAGCACCGCCCCGAGGACGACUUUGCCAACGGCUCCUGGGUGCAUCUCACCGUCAACUCGCCCCCACAAUUCCAAGAGACACCACCCCCUGUGCUGGAAGUGCGGGAGCUGGAGCCCGUCACCCUGCGUUGUGUGGCCCGCGGGAGCCCCAAGCCACAUGUGACUUGGAAGCUCCGAGGACAGGACCUUGGCCAGGGCCAGGUGCAGAAUGGUACGCUGUGGAUCCAGAAGGUGGAGCGGGGCAGCUCUGGCGUCUACACCUGCCAAGCCUCCAGCACCGAGGGCAGCGCUACCCACGCCACCCAGCUCCUGGUGCAAGGACCCCCAGUCAUUGUGGUGCCCCCCCAGAACAGCACGGUCAAUGCCUCCCAGGACGUGUCCCUGGCCUGCCAGGCCGAGGCGUAUCCUGCAAACCUCACCUACAGCUGGUUCCAAGACGGCGUCAACGUCUUCCACAUCAGCCGCCUGCGGUCCCGGGUGCGGAUCCUGGUGGAUGGGAGCCUGCGGUUGCAGGCGGCUGCACCCGACGAUGCCGGCCGCUAUAGCUGUGUGCCCAGCAAUGGCCUCCUGCGCCCGCCUUCGGCCUCGGCCUACCUCACCGUGCUCUACCCAGCCCAGGUGAUAGCCAUGCCUCCUGAGACACCCCUGCCAGUCGGCAUGCCAGGGGUGAUCCGUUGUCCUGUUCGUGCCAACCCCCCGCUGCUCUUUGUCAGCUGGACCAAGGACGGCCGGACCCUGCAGCUGGACCAGUUCCCAGGCUGGUCCCAGGACACAGAAGGCUCACUGAUCAUUGCCCUGGGAAACGAGGAUGCCCUGGGAGACUACUCCUGCACCCCCUACAACAGUCUUGGCACUGCAGGCCCCUCCCCGGUCACCCAUGUGCUGCUCAAGGCUCCCCCAGCUUUUAUAGAACGACCCAAGGAGGAAUAUUUCCAGGAAGUAGGGCGGGAGCUACUCAUCCCCUGCUCUGCCCAAGGAGACCCUCCUCCUGCUAUCUCCUGGACCAAGGUGGGCCGGGGGCUUCAGGGACAGGCCCAGGUGGACAGCAACAGCAGCCUGAUUCUACGGCCACUGACCAAGGAGGCCCACGGGCGUUGGGAGUGCAGUGCCAGCAAUGCUGUCGCCCGAGUGGCCACCUCCACGAAUGUCUACGUGCUGGGAACCAGCCCCCACGUUGUCACCAAUGUGUCCGUGGUGCCUUUGCCCAAGGGUGCCAACGUCUCCUGGGAGCCUGGCUUCGAUGGUGGCUAUCUGCAGAGAUUCAGCGUCUGGUACACCCCAUUAGCCAAGCGUCCUGAUCGAGCCCACUAUGACUGGGUGUCCAUGGCAGUGCCCGUGGGAGCUGCUUACCUCCUAGUGCCAGGGCUGCAGCCCCACACCCAGUACCAGUUCAGCAUCCUGGCACAGAACAAGCUGGGCAGUGGGCCCUUCAGCGAGAUUGUCUUGUGUGCCCCUGAAGGCCUUCCUACCACACCAGCUGCCCCCAGGCUUCCUCCAACAGAGGCGUCGCCUCCCCUGUCCCCUCCCCGAGCUCUGGUGGCAGUGAGGACACCUCGGGGGGUGCUCCUGCAUUGGGACCCCCCAGAACUGGUCCCCAAGAAGUUAGAUGGCUACGUGCUGGAGGGCCGGCAAGGCGCCCAGGGCUGGGAGGUGCUAGACAGGGCCGUGAGAGGCACGGAGACGCAGUUGCUGGUUCCAGGGCUCAUCAAGGAUGUCCUCUAUGAAUUCCGCCUGGUGGCCUUUGCCGGCAACUAUGUCAGCGAUCCCAGCAACACGGCCAACGUCUCCACUUCUGGCCUGGAAGUGUACCCCUCACGCACCCAGCUGCCCGGCCUGCUGCCCCAUCAGGCCAACUUGUUCUUCCCACUUGGGUGCCUCCGGCGUGAAGCUGGGCGCCUCACUUGGGUGAUGGAGUUGGCGCCUAGGCCCCCCGAGGAGCUUAUCCUUUGCCUGUGGUCUACUGCCCUCACAGACCCACCUCUGAUCUUCUCUCCGCCCCGGAAAUUGGCUCCGCACUCUGCUCCGGGCUCUGGCAGCCCCGACAGCGUGGCGAAGCUGAAGCUCCAGGGCUCCCCAGCACCCAGCCUGCGCCAGAGUCUGCUCUGGGGAGAGCCUUCCGGACCCCCCAGCCCUCCUCCAGAUCCUCCACCGAACAGGGGCCCCUUACCCUUGGAGACCAUUUGCCGGGGCCCAGAUGGGCGCUUUGUGAUGGGACCCAGCAUGGGAGCUUCCCAAGAAAAGUCAGGCCCAGAGCGGCCCGGGUCUCGAACCCCAGCCCUUCGUCAAGUGCAGGCCUUUGACUGCAGCAGCAGCAGCCCCCGGGGGGCCACCCAGCCCCUCUGCAUUGCCGAUAUCAGCCCUGUAGGCUUGUCUCCGGCAGCCCCUCCUACCCCCCUGACAGGCCGAGGCCCCCUGCUCCAGUACCUGAGCCUGCCCUUCUUCCGGGAGAUGAACGUGGAUGGGGACUGGCCUCCCCUGGAGGACCCCAGCGCUGCCCCACCCCCAGAUUACAUGGACACCCAGCCCUGCCCUACGUCAUCUCUCCUUCGCCCCCUGGACUCGCCCCUUGUCUCCCCCAGAACUGUGUUCCCUGGGGCCCUGGUAGGGAUUGGUGCUGCCCCAGAGCCCCCUUACACAGCACUGGCUGACUGGACCCUGAAGGAGAGGCUGCUUCCCAGCCUCCUUCCCGCUGCCCCCAGGGGCAGCCUCACCAGCCAGAGCAGUGGGAGGGGCAGCGCUUCCUUCCUGCGCCCCCCCUCCACAGCCCCCUCUGCAGGAGGCAGCUACCUCAGCCCGGCUCCAGGGGACACCAGCAGCUGGGCCAGUGUCCCUGAGAGGUGGCCCCGACGGGAACACGUGGUGACAGUCAGCAAGAGGAGGAACACGUCUGUGGAUGAGAACUAUGAGUGGGACUCAGAAUUUCCUGGGGAUAUGGAACUGCUGGAGACCCUGCACCUGGGCUUGGCAAGCCCCCAGCCUCGAUUUGAAGCUGAGCCAGAGCUAGGCACUAAGACCCCGGAUGAAGGCUGCCCCCUGAAUGCUGCUCAUGCUGCUGGCCCCGAGGCCCGCUGCGCUGCCCUUCGAGAGGAAUUCCUGGCCUUCCGCCGCCGCCGAGAUGCCACUCGGGCCCGCUACCCAAUCUAUCGGCAGCCAGCACCCCACCCUGAGCAGGCCACUUUGCUGUGAUCACCCUUGGUGUGACGCUGGGCACAGGCUCAUGGACCCUGCAAAGGAUGCCUCCAAGACCUAGCCCCAGUCUGGGGCCCUCCCCCAACCCUUGGUGCCAUGACACAGACUCUGGUGGUGGGCUUGGGCAGGGUUUGAUACGAGACAUAGGUGCAUCUUGGGAUUGGUUCUUAGGUCUGCCUCUUUGUGGGAUGUGUGUGUGUGUGUGUGUGUGUGUGUGUAUGUGUGUGUGUGUUUUGCUUGUAGUGUGGGUGAGGUUUUUUACAGGUGAAUAAAAAAAUCUGAAAAAUGUA